AUGUUUAAUUUCGGAAAGCCCUCGUAUGCGCAACUAGGCGUGGAGGCGGCGCGCAAGCCGCAAGGGGAUUCAUGGGCGCGCGCGGAGGGCGAUGUGGACAGCAAUGGCGGCGCGAGCCAGGGCAAGGCGCCGGAGUCGUUCGCGGGGACGAGCUCCAACAUGAGCGCUGAGAGCGGCCGCGUUCAGGUACCCAUCGGCACGGUGUCUGAAUCGCAUAAGAUGCCCGUCGCGCAGGCGCUCGCGCUGCUCGCGUUCACGGCCGUCAAUGUCGCCGCGCUCGUCGCCAUCUUCUGGCUCGCGCUCUCGCUCGAGGGCACGGAGCGCAUCCUCGUUAUAGCGCUUCUUGGCGGCGGAUGGCUGGCGCUGCUGCUCUUCAACGUGCGCAUGGCAGGGCGGCCGCGGCGCGUGAUCCAACGGUUCCUGCACGCGAAGAGCAAGACGCGGCUGGGGCGGCGGCUGGGGCGCGGGCAGACGGUGGUGGUGCGCGGCGCCGUGUCGCUGCUGCACGAGGAGCUGCUCUCCACCGAGUUCCACAACGUCCCCGGGCUGGUGCUGGUGGAGAGCAGCCUGCGGUCGUACUACCCGGGGCUGCGCAAGGCGGACGCGUGGACGGAGCACGUGCGGCAGACGCGCGCCGUGGACUUCCGGAUCACGGACGGGCAGACGGGCAUGAGCGCCAUUGUCAAGGCCUUCCACGCCGCCGAGACCGGCGUGGCGACGCCCCUCGUGCACAUCUCCACCGAGGUACCGCUCUCAACCGAGGACUCUCCCCCGUCUGCUGGGGGCGCGGCGGGCGGGGAGGGGGGCGCGAGCGCGGAGGAGGAGAGGAAGAAGCGGCGCAAGGCGCUGUCUCCGCAGCUGAUGGUGUGCAAGGGGUACAUCCGUGCAGGGCAGACGAUCACGGUGAUGGGCGUGCUGACUGAGGAGCCCGGCACGCAUGAGCUGCUCAUCCAGCCCAUGCCGCAGCCCCGCAACAUUGCCAAGCUGCUGCUCUUCCGCGGCUUCAUCCCCUUCUUCUUCCCCACCUGGGCCUCGGGACUCGUUAUCUCGGACCAACGUGACGUGGCGUGA